AUGUCAACAAUGCCAUCUUCUGCAGCCGGAACAACUACCGAUUUGUCGACAACGAAUACAGCAUCAUUAAAACAGCUAAAAAACAGCAUGCAUCUCGAUUUCUCGUCCCCUACAUCAUCAAAAAAACAAGUAAUUAGUGCUGAUCUGUUGGAUAUCAUCAAAGCAUCACCAACGAUAGGGAAAAUGUUUUCCCAAGGUACAACUACGCCGACCCCAACGAAAUUAUUAUAUCCUUCUGAAGUUACAUUGGCACAGCGACAGUAUGCUCAAGGUUUUAUUGGUAAGAAAAUUAACUGA